UUUAACUCUGGGCACUUGAGAAAAAGGAAAUAACACUUCACACUGAAGGCGAAGCAGCGCAAAGUAGACCCUCCUCAAUGCGAAAACCUUUUUAAAAGACUGAAGGUCACACGAUGACAGGGAGCAUUUGAUCAACUUAAGAGUAUCCGGAUAAGUUUACACAAUUAUGCAGUUUGUGGAUUUGUCUAUUGCUUAUUUGUCGCUCUUUUUCAGCAAAGUACUAAAGGAGUAAUUUUCCUUUGGAGUGACCGCGCAGUGAAAACGCUAACUGAUGCAAUUGGAUUGUAGUACCCUAUACUAGUGUCGCGUGAUUAAAUCGAAAUCAGAGUCUGUUAUAGGAAGUCAAAGGUAAGAAAAUUAUUGAACAUACAUUGAGCUCUUGUGAAUUUUAAAAAAAGGAAAAAGCGUGCAGGCUUCCAAUAUAUCUUACUAUAUAUACAUAUAGUCAUUUGUUGUUUUAUAAUACUUUUACUAAUACUAUAUAUAACUAAUUAUAGUAUAUAUAGUCAUUUGUUGUUUUUUCUCACUCUUCGCGUUGUCGUUCACCAUUAAUCAUUAUUCAUUCCGAUUGCUCCAUUGGCAUUGAUAUAUUUUAAAUGUUUUUUCUCUACAUAUAUAUACUUAAUCUUUUUCCAUUUGGCAUUUGCCCUGUUGGUCAAUUAAAUAAAUGUCUAUAUAAGACUAUAUGUAUAUAAUAAACUUAGUCUUAGACAUCAAAUGUGCUUUAACUAUUUAAUACUACAUAUAGUACAUAACUUCUUCGACGACUUUGAUAUGAUCAAUUGGGAAAAUCAGCGAUGGUCAAUGAAAUUGAUGACAGAGCGAUUUUUAAACUGUAUAAGUUACUGUCUUCGGUCUUGGGCCAUGCCAAUGGGAUACUUCCUUUUCACCUGCAAAUCUGAUGAGAUAGCACGAAUGCUUGCAGUUGCAACCCAUAUUGAUUAUUGGCUAUUGAGUUUUUUUUAAAAAUUAAAUGCACACUAGUAUAGUCUUAGAUAAUUUUGUUAUUUCAAUUCACAUUGAAUCGACAUUGUUACUUAUACAUGCACAUGAUUGUGCAAUGGGAAUGAAUGAUUUAGCGUCUUAGUCUUAGGCAAAUGUAGUGAUGUGUUUAAGUUAACAGUAUUUCUCUCCAAUCAUUCAGGCAAACGAAUAUAUUUAGAACAAUGUCAAUAUAUGGUCAUGCAGGCAAAUGCUGAAUGCAUUGAAUUUUUAAUCACUGCAAGUUGACAUGUUACAUAUUUAUGAAUUAUGCAGUAUAUGACUUUACGUCUAUAUUACAAAGUACUAGUUAAAGCAACAACAACAAUAUGUCUAUAGGACUAUAUUUUACUAUUUCAUAUUAGUUAAACUAAAGCAACAACAGCAAUAUACGCGUUAUAUAUUUUAUUCAUGAUAUUUUGAAUUUACAAUUACACUGUCACACACGUACACAGUAUCAUGCAAUGAUCGAUGUUAAUUAAUUUCCAAAAUGUUAAUUUUAAACCUAUUAUAAAUGUUGAUUUUUCAACUGCAUGCGCAGUGAGACUGCGCUCUCCUUACACGUACUGAGUUACAGCUUGUUACAGCAUAUAUUAUAUAAUCUCUAUAUAGACUCUAUAGAGCGUUUUUCAUACGGCAUGAUGCAUGCGUGCACGCACAUGCAGAAGAGUUUAAACUUUUUAAAUUUCAUAUUAGUACUAAUUACCUCAACAACAAAUAAACAUUAAAUCAUACAGAAAACUAUCUUUUUAUUUAUUUAUUUAUUCAAUCGUUUCAUUAGAAAGACUUAUACUUUUCCGUGCGUACACGCACGUAUGGAGAACACUCAACUGGAAAGCAGCCUUUCAUUUUUUCUUAAAUUUAUCAAAGUCCAAAGAGUAAGAGGAAGCGAAUUAACGUUAUCGGCAAUUCCAUAUUUCAUUAUAAGUAUGAAUAUUCCGUAGCUACAGUUAUAACUUAAUUUUGGAUACUUAUGUCUUAUACUUAAUAGUCAAUCGAGCGGGUUGGUAUAUUAUAGUGUUGUUAAACUCAUUCUAUUCUACAUAAUAUAUACUGCAAUUUUAUACUGUUGAGACGACUUAUAUCAUGCACAAAUCUUUAAUUUCUGGAACUUUUGCCGUUUUCUUAUCACUAUUGAGUAUUGAUUAAUAAUAUUUCAAUUAACAGUGCUGUUUAUAGUUAUCCCAGUUGACGUUGAUGGAUGAUUGCUUUAUUGUAUAAUUGUACCAAAUUCAUUCAUUGUCUUCACCGUGCUCAGCAAGUUUGCAUAAUCGUCAUGAUUGACAUGAACAAAAACAUUUCGAGUUUCUUGACAUCUUGUUUGAUUACAAUAAGCUCCUGGAACCCUUUCUACUUUGGCUGAUUGUUCAAACGAUAUGAUAAUUGCACUGCUUUAGCUGGUUUUAGAAUUUAAGUUAUUUUUCAUGUAAAAUCCUUUGUGUCCAAUUAUGAACACCAGUUUGUUGUAACGUUGCUGAUUGGAUUAACCACUGUCCAGGCAUAGGGCAUAGGCAUAAACAUGCACUUUAAUCGUAAUUUAAUUACUAAAUAGUGAAUUGUAGGGAAGCAGUAAAAUAUUAAAUUAUAUUUAAAGUAUAUAUGUAAACAUGGAUGUUUUUCACCUUUUUAUCACACGCAGAUAUCCUGCAAUCUAAAAGCUCUUUCAAUUGUUCGAAAAGUACUUAAUUGACGUUUAAAUAAAAAACUUUCUUUAUAAAGUUUUGUGGCAUUUCGCCAAUGAUAGAAGAUUUACAUGUAUCCAUAGUCCAUACGACCAUAUAGACAUGCAUAGCCCAUGCAUGCAGUAGACACAGCAACGACCUGUUGUGACAACGAUAUUUUACCGGUUGAAAUGUUUUUGUGAUAUUGUGGUUUUAUCUUAAUGUGAAGUUCAAGUCAAUUUGUUGUUAUUGUCUACGAUGCAUUUCUACUUUUCUAUAUAGUCGGUCAACAUUAGAAAUAUUGGCUUUCGGGAAAUGUUAUGGCCUGUCAUGAAUAUAUAAGGCUUAUUUAUAGCAUAGAAAAAUCUGGAAUAGAGUCAUCAGGAUGCAUGCACGCGUGUAGGUUCCAAACAAAAUCCAAACAUCCAACAAUGAAAGAGCAUAAACUGUUCAACUGGACCUAAUCAACCCCAUAGUCAUACCGUUGCUACCUGAUUUUUAAAACAUUGUUCCGGGACGAACAACUAAAAAUUACAGUGCGUAGGCCCAAGGCCAAGCACGUCAGUCUGUCGAAUGUAUGUCUUCUGAGUUCUGGCUUCGGUACAUUUUCCCUCAAAAAGGUUUAAGGUAUAGCUUUGCCAAAGCUAACCAAAGCACACAAAAGCAAUAUUCACUGCUGACACCAAAUAGUGAUUCAUCUGAUUUACUUCAUUAAUUCUUUAAUAACCAAUCAGAACGCAUGAUAGCGCAUUUGCAACCCAAAUUCGUGUAAUUAAACUCAAGAAUAGCUUAAUUAAAGUAACGGGCUUCUUCUGAUACUCGGAUAAAUAAUAACCAUUAUGCCCAUGUGAAAUGGUAUCCUAGGCUCGCCAGCAUGUUGAUAUAUUUUUGAACACUGAUAUGAUAUUUUAGUCUACUAAAGUCAUGUUGAUCACUAGGAUUUAGUUUAUCACAAUCAAACAUAUACAUGCUCCAAACAUUCCAGAGAUGAUUAUACAAGGGUAAGAAGAGACAUGCUUGUUGCAGUAAGUCUUGGUUUGUACUUGACAUCAUGAUGGCCAUGUAAGAGGAACGGUUUCCUCCAAUCUCAAGCUUAUAAAUCUCAAGGGAUUGAUUGCAAACCACCAAUACGUAAACUGCAUUAAAUAUGAUAUAAAAAUAGUGCAAUAUUAACAGCCAUGUAUCUCAUCCCCUGUAUCAGUGAGUUUGCGUUUAUUGAGUUUCUCACUCUUUGGUGAGCGGAUUACCCAAUUAACAGGCUAUUAUUGUCCAAUUGAUAAGCCAUCCGAGUUACCUACGAUUUAAGUUAUUUAACGUCCUUAUCCGAGAAGACACGAAAGUCUAACCAUUUACUGAUGCCAAUGUCAAGGUUGCUCUUUCUCCUCAGACAAUUACGUUAAGACGUUGAGUUGGGUUCUUAACGAGAAGAUUACCUAUAGGCUAUACUUAAUACUUUAUUAGAUAAGAAAAUUUAAAAUUUCAAUAUUUUCUCACUAUAUGCAAACGAACUUUGCCUAUCAUUAUAGGCUAUAAGGCAUGAUACACAAUAUAUAAAUAAACGUCACGAGAAAUUAACAGACAUUUAAAGUUUCUUCAAUAAAAACUGGUAUUGUUCUGGCAAAUGUUUAGAAUUAUUGUCAGAUUUUAUAAUGUGAAUCUUCGCCGAUGGUCGCCUUUGUCAAUUACUUUGCCGUUUUCAAAGUCUAUUCAGUGAUUUUUGUUCCAAGCAUGAUUUGCAAUGUUUGAUCCACUCUUGCAUUGUUCAACAUUUCUUCUAUGUUCAUUUCUCCUGGUGUUAAAAGCUCUAUAAUUUAUUAUUGACAAAGGCGGCGCACUGCUACAAAAAAUGCUGACAAUGAUUCUAAACUUCGUCAGAACAGUGAGACCACUACCACUUUUUAUUGAAGAGACUUUAUAAAUCUAUUAAAUAAUUUUAUAAAUCUAUUAAUACCCUAGUCAUUAAUCAUAUAUGUAGGCGGAAAUGUCACUCUGUUAUUGUAAAUUGUUGUAUUUUAUCUCAUUGUUAAACACCCGUUGCAUGAUUGAAAGCUUGCAUGCAUGUGAAAUAAAUAUUUUAAACCAGAGAAUGUCCAAAAACUCAAUAUGAAUAAUCCUAUUCCUGGUUCGCCUCAAACAUCUUUAAAUAGGAAAAAAACUAACUGCAUUAAAAAAUAUUUUUGAGCGGAGGCUUCCAGCAAGUUCGCCAGUGGCAUGCAUAGUGCACAGUGGAUGGAAUAGUGGCAACGUACUAACACGUGCGCCUACGAGUUCAUACGUCGAAUCGAGGCAUGUUUUUCGUUCUUGUUCGUAUUUUCUUAAAAUGUUUUCAAACCUUUUUUCUACUAAAGCCGAUUUUCCAAUAGGCGACUUCCCCCUUUGUCGGCAUCGAUUACACGUCAGCUAAAGCGACCGACAAAGGAAAAAGCGACCAAAUUCGCCUAGUGGAAAACCGGCUUGACUUUGACUUUCUAGGGGGUUAAGUUCAGGACAGGCGCGGACUCUACUUUCUUCAAUGAUCUCGUUUCCCUCUACCAAAACCUGUUGUGUCAAUUGUCUAAUACUCUAUCGAGACCUUAAAACCGGCCAUUGAGUAAUAUGCAGAAUCACGUCAUAGAAUUUGUUGGUAUACUCAAUGUCUUACGUUGGUAAAACCAGACUGACGUGGGUUCCUAAGAUACGUCCAAGGAUGGUAAAUAUUUCCUAAUGGCAGUCCAUUGAAUUUCAUUGUCGCUUUUUGUGAAAAUACUGUAUAUAAUUUAUACUGAUAACUUUUUGCUGACAUAAGUAACUAACACCACAAAAAUAAAAAUUUCGAGACAAAAUAUAAUUUCAAAUCCAACAUUGGUAACUGAAGCGGAUCCCUAUGUAGUCCAUUGGCCAAAUAAUUCAACAAACAUGUUUUGAACAAUUAUUCAGAUUACUAUUAUUUAAUUGGUUAAUUGGCUUCUAAUUGCUACUUAUCUUGCUAUAAAUACAACCCUUAAGACCAGGCGUGCGAAUGAUGUGAUGUUGUUACUCUGUCGAGAUCUCACAAGAUGCUUAAUAAUUGUUAAGGUAAAAAUCAUCAUUUAAAGUGGUCGUCGACAUAUAUAUGAUGGUGUGAGUUGAAACAUAAUUGAUAUUUCUACAUCAACUCGUUAAAGUACAUUUAUCGAUCCAGACAGAAGGCAAAGCUUUACUAGUUAAAGAGGCAGUUGUGGUGAAUAUAAUUAAAAAUCCAAGGUAAAUUAGAGAUAAUUACUAAUUUUUUCAGAAACAACGGGUUGUCAGAGUAGACAGCGAUCUCAGGAACACAGAAAAGAAUCUAGAAAGCCCCAGUCUCGGCCCCAGGCUCAGUAGUAAAGAGAGGCUCUUUGAUCAGUUGUGUAAUGAAUUACGAUUGUGAACUUCUGAAUAUAACGUUGUUGCCGUGUGUGUAAACGCCUCCUUGUUCUUUACUACACCACCACAAGCAGUUCUUACGUUACUAUUAGAACGUUACUAUUAACUAUGAGCUAUAUACAUUACUUGGGAAUUUUCCAGUACUGAUAUAUAUAAAUGUACUGACAACCAUAAUUCUUUCAAGUUUUUUAUCAUAACCAUUAAGAUUAUUAUUGAACAGAAUGUUUUUAACCAAUUGCAAAUGUUUGUUCCUGGUAACCGUUAUAAUUAUCGAAAGCAUGACAACGGAACAUUAAUACGUACGUACAACUAUAUAGAGAAUAGUUAAUUGUUCCACUUUUAUGGAGAUAGCUGGGUGAUCUGAACUACCCCUUUCACCUCAGUCAAUGGUCUAAUGUGGUCCAGUGAUAGUCAGAAAUUGGUGUCUAUGUAUGUCGGGUCCACAAAACGCAUGGUAAUGAAAAUCUAAAUUUCGACCAGUACAGUCGAACCUCCUUUACUGGCUGUCUGCUGGAUGUAGGUUGGGCUUAAUAUUUAUGGUUUGUCACUUUAGAAUUUCAAAAUGCGUCCGUUGGAUUAGAAGAGGUUAGCAGAUGCCACUAUAAAUUAUAUAUUGGUAUUAAACCAGAUUAAUAUCAUUAUACCACUAAAUAUAUAGUGGUAUUAAUAAUUAACACUGUGGUUAACAACCAGUUAUCAGUAUCAGAUCGAUUUCCCGGUUACUCCAUAUAGUCCAUUUUCAAACUAGUUACUCCAUCUUGUUCUAACCUUGCUCUAACUACAACGGUUUACCUUCUAGAAUUUGAAGUCUGAUAUGGCAUUUGAAGGCAACACGUGGUACACAUAUCUUAUUUACUCAUUAAUUGUGACAAUUGCAAUCGUUGGAAACAGUUUGGUGCUCUACAUCUAUUUCACAAAACCACGGUAUUUGAAACAUUCCUACAACGUAUUUAUAUGCAACCUGGCUGUUACAGAUACCAUCACCGCUAUUUUUUUGAUAUUCAGUCGGUACCUCUAUCUUCCAUCGCCACCACCUGGUUUUAGUGCCAAAGAUGCUUACUGCAGGGUUAUAUGGUCAGCAUGGUUACCAUUCACACUGGGUUAUGUAUCUAUAUACACCUGUCUGGCUUUAACAGUUGAACGUUGGUUGGCAGUGAACAGACCACAUCUCUACCUAACACUUCAGGCCAAGCAGGCAGUCAAGGCUGUUGUUGGAGUAUGGUUGGUAGGAAUCCUUGUGAAUAUUACGACACUCUUCCGUGCAAAGUACAAUAAAGAGAAAGAUGAAUGCAUGUGGACUACACUGGCUGUUGGAAACGAUGAAUUACCUUGGGUGGAUUUCACACUACAGUCAAUUGUUCCUUUUGCAACUAUGAUUAUUCUGUAUUCACAUAUCAUCUACACCUUAUACAGGCUUAAAUUUGUUGUUGGACAACAAAACCACCCAGUAAAGAAAGUUACAGGCAUGGCUUUAGCUGCAUCACUUGCCCUAAUCGUUGGUUGGCUACCAAGUCGUAUUAGCUUUUUGUUAAGUAAAUUUGGUUAUGUUGAUCCAAACAGUCUACUUCACUUCUGUUUAAUAAUGCUUGCUUUCAUGAACAUAUCUAUCAACCCCUUCUUAUAUGGGAUAUAUUGCUCACAAUUUCGUGAAGAUUACAAAUCUAUCUGCUUGGGAGUAGUCAAAAGACUUAGCUGGAUUCAACCAUCUGAAGCUAAAGCGCGAGAUAUUGAAAUGCAAGGAAGGGUAAAUAAAGGUAUGAUAGAUCCAAAUGACGAAACAGUGAUAACGAUAAAAAGAUCAUCGUUAGGUUCUAAAAUUGGAUAUAAAGUGGGUCGAUGA